AUGCGCGUCGAAAUCGUGGUUUCUUUGUUGUGGUUGGCGCCCACUGUCUCAUGCCACGGUGCAGUCACGAGCUACACCAUUGAUGGAAAGGUUCACCCAGGGUAUGAGGGCUUUGCUCCAGCGACAUCUCCGCCGACGAUCCAAUGGCAAUGGGAAGACCCGCGGUAUUACUGGCUGAUUCCAAGACCACAGCCCGACUACAACCCCACGAUGAACGUCAAUGAUAUAAAAAUGCGCUGCAAUGGCGGCAGUUCAGCAGACCUGACGGCAACCUUGAAAGUAGGCACCAAUAUUACAGCUAAUUGGAAGCAGUGGACUCAUGCUCAGGGUCCUGUGAUGGUCUGGCUGUACGAUUGCGGUGGCGAUUUCAAGAGUUGCAGAGGUGACAAGCAGGCUUGGUUCAAGAUCGAUCAAAUGGGUCUCUGGGGCAGUAAUCUCAACAGCGAAAAUUGGGGGACAGCAAUCGUGCUUAAGCAGCUCAAAUGGUCGAACAAGAUACCCAGUAACCUCAAGCCUGGAAAAUACCUCCUUCGACACGAAUUGCUCGCUCUCCACCAAGCCAAUACCCCUCAAUUCUACGCCGAGUGUGCGCAAGUUGUGAUAGAGGGAUCCGGCACGGCGCAGCCUCCAUCUCCCUUCAUGAAAAGCAUACCAGGAUACGCGCCGCAGAAUGACCCUGGCAUCACCAUCGACAUAUACCAAGGAGGACGCACGUCUUAUGACCCGCCCGGGGGUGCUGUGUGGUCUGGAUUCGAAUAG